AUGCUCCUCAUCGCCACGGCGCUGGUGUUGGCGCUCUCGCAAGCCGCGCUGGCGGCGGCCGGGUUAGGGCUGGCUCCCACACCCACGGCCAAGCAGCACGUUGCGGCAAUCUUUGCUCGGCAGACGGGCCGCCGCGCCCUCGACGACUGCUCGUCUGUCCUCGACAACUUUCUCGAUCUCCCCACGCCGCCGCCCGACCUUUCCAGCUACGCGCAGCAGGUGGCGGCCACGCAGACGGGCGCCGCCGCCAUCCGCUUCCCAGACAGCCUCUCCAGCAGGGCGAGCAAGUACCAGUCCUCGGUGCUUUCGUGGUGCAGCGAACAGAGGGACGCCCUGACAAAGUGUACGGAGCUGCCGGCCCUGCAGUCGCAGUACUCGGGUGUCUGCCAGGCCGCGGGGGCCAACGCCGCGGCAACCGGCGCCAACGGCGGCACAGAUUUGGGCAUCAACAUCUUUAAUAAUAUCGAUACAGGUGGUGGAGCUGGCGGUGCCGGCGGUGCGGGUAGUUCUGGAGGAGGAGGAGGCGGAGGAGGCGGCGGCAGCAGCGGCGGCGACGGUGCGUCCGGGGGAGGCGGUAUAUCCAGCGGUGCCGUUGCCGGAAUCGUCAUUGGCGUUCUCGCAGCGGUGGGAGUACUCGCCGGCAUCGCGGCCUUUGUCAUCUGGAGAGCUAGGCGGAAGCGCGCGGCCGCGAACGCGAUGGAUGUGGCGCGGCAGCAGCCGAUGAGCGGGCAGCAGACGCCGCCCUCGGGCAUGCUUCACAACUUCGGCCAGGCGUACGACAAGGACAGCCCGACAUACAGCGAGGCCAGCUACCAGACUCUCCCGCACGAGCGGUCCGUCCAUGAGAUGCCGGGGGUGAGGGCCCCGGCUGAGUUGAUGGGCAGCACGGAGGCGGUGCCUGUCGAACUGCACAACCCGGAGCCGGUGUAUGAGAUGCUGGCGGACUAUCGGCCGAACAAGGCGGCUGUGGCGAAUGUAGGAUACAAGAGUUGA